UUUCCUAAUCACCACCUUGCCUUUUAAAGACUUGUUUGUUUCCCUGCCUUUUUCUCUCUUUUGUGUCUUUGUAUGAAACAAAAUUUUCCAUUUUCUCAACCCACCACUUAGAUCAAGACAAUCAAAAGGCAUGUUUGGACAUCCAGAGACAGAUAGAUUAGAUGAGAUAAUUACAACGGCGAGAGCAGAGGAAGAAGCAUCUUCUCAAAUGGGAAGGAAGCAUUUCUAUGGUCCAACUCCUGGGACAACCUUAAACACAGUAACUCCUUGUGCUGCAUGCAAGCUUUUGAGAAGAAGGUGUGCUGAAGAAUGCCCUUUCUCUCCUUAUUUUUCACCACAUGAGCCUCAAAAGUUUGCAGCAGUUCACAAGGUGUUUGGUGCAAGCAAUGUCUCCAAGAUGCUAAUGGAGGUACCAGAGGGCCAAAGAGCUGAUGCAGCAAAUAGCCUUGUUUAUGAAGCUAACUUGAGGCUAAGAGAUCCUGUAUAUGGAUGCAUGGGUGCAAUAUCAGCUUUGCAGCAACAAGUUCAAACUUUACAAGCAGAACUAAAUGCAAUAAGGGCAGAGAUACUAAAAUACAAAUAUAGAGAGGCUGCAAGUAUAAUUUCUUCUCAACAUGUUGCUUUGGUUUCUUCUGCUGAUGCAAUAUCAAUAGCAGCAAUUCCUGCAGACUCAUCACAAGGUCUUUCUCAACCUCAUGCUCAUCCUCAUCCUCCUCCUCCAAAACCAUUGCCUUCUCCUCUACCAAAACCAUUGCCUUCUCCUUCUAUUAUCCUUUCAUCCUUGUCUUCAUCUUCAGCUUCUUCUGUGUACACUCCUCCUAAAAGCACAAUGAGCCUUGGAUCCAUUUCCACCACUGCAAAUGUCCCAUACUUUGUUUAGGUCCAUUUGUUUACUAUUAUUCAUUUGAUGUAGGAAUAAUUAAUCAUGCUUUUCUCAACAGAGUAGAAUGUAUCACUUGGUCAUCUAGAGCUAAUCAUGGGAAAGGGAAACCCCAUUACACAUUCAUAUGCCUUUAGUGGUAUUUUCUACUCUUUUGAUGUGAUUUUUCACAAACAUUAUUAUUAUGGUCUUAUUUUUAUAUAACUUUUAUAUAUGCUUGAUUUGUCUUCAUUUCUAAGAGUUAUUCAUUCUAAGUGGAGGAAGGAACAACUCUACAUAGAUAUCAAUUUUUUUACCAGAAUUGGCGCUGAAGAUCACAUGAAGAGAUGAAGCGUAGCCUUGAACAAUUGGCCACUGCACGUGGGGGGAAUAUCUCCAUUUGACUCAAAGCUUAAAAUAACUCACUCACGAGUCUGUGCCAGCUGCAGAUUUAAAGGAUGUGAAAGAUUUAACUUCUUGAAAGGGAGACAAGGUACGGUGGCUGUGUUUAGUUCCUGUUCCCAUGUGAAGUUAAAUAAACGUCAUAUAGAUAUAUAUAGAUCUAAGUUUAUAUAUUAAACUCUUUUCUCGUAUUAAUUAGAUUCUCAGACCAGAUCAUGAGUCUAAGUAUAUAUGAAAAAAUAUAUAUAUAAAUAAUUAGUUAGUCCACCUAUAUAAUAAAAGAAUGAAAUUAAGUUUUUUUGUGCUCUUUGUUGAAUUAAAUGCUUGUGGAAGUGGUAGCUAAACUUUGAUGUAAACAACCAAAAUGUAAUUACUACUGAGGGCAAGAUUAGUUAACUAGAAUUAAUUGUUAUAGCUUAACAAGUCACUGAAAAUAUAUGUAGUUAUAUCAUAUAGUAACUCUACCCAACUCCACCCAUAUUAGUUUGAUGAAGUAUAUAUCCAAUAUAUAUGGUGCAUGUCCGGAUAUUGGUGUGAUCGACCUAGGAAAAAAAAGUGCAUCUUGUGAUAAAUAAAUAAAAAUGCUAUGCAUAAACUUUUGUAUCAAAAUAUGUGAUAUAUAUUUAGGUAUAGUGGUAUUGGAAUCAUAUGUGAUCACCCAAAAAGUUAGGUAUGAUAAUAGAAGGAUUGAUCAUCUGUUGGAGGUAAUACUAGUUGCUAGCACGUAGUGUAAUAGAAAUUUUUCAUUUUUUUUUUGUUUUGUUAUCAAGAGUCUGUAUUUAUUUUUUAUGCUUUAAGGAAAAAAGAAAAAAAAUGAAAGAAAGAAAAAAGCCCAACCCAGAUCAUAAUAAAAGACUUCCAUAUCUUCAUUCGUAAAGAUAAGAU